GAAACAAAAACUUUGGAAAGUCCACACAUCGUCACUUUGCUGAAUGCAGCCGCAUUCCCGCCAGUGGAUUACAAAGUCUAACUAUUAUCCAAGAGAGCCACCUAUUUCAAAACGCCACAGUCAUUGUCUCGCCUGCCACCGGACGAGGACACUUGAACCACUGACCGAGCACCUUCACACCGCAGAGACUGAGAUCCCGCGUUUACAGAAAACUUUCAGCGAUGGAGGGACACCUGAUGAGAUUCACUCUGCUUCUGUGCGUCGCCCUCGCAGCCUCCUCAUCAAUUCAGACAUGCCAACCGCAACAACAACAACAACAACAACAACAGGCGAUCUACGUGAGAGAGAUGCUGAUGGGCUGUUGGACCGAUUUUGUCAGAGGAGACAAUGCGGAGGUCCACAUCCUCAACCUGAUGUGGACCACGGAUAUUACAUACUUCAGUCUGAACAUUUCAAGACCAGCGAUUCUCAUCAUUUCAUCCUCAAAACCGGCUUAUGCGAACUGCGACCUCUGCGAAGACGUGAAAGUUUAUGUAAAUAAUUCCACAAUUACACUGACCAGUAAACCUCAGAACAAUGUCUACAAAGAAGAAAUGCCCCAUCAAAACGAGGAGCUGAUCACGUGGGCAAAGCAGAAAUUUGGCGGUGUGACUUCAUUCACUACUGUUAAAAAUCCUGAACAAAUCACACUAAUAGAAGCACAAGGAACUAAACCUACCAGCAUACCUACAGCUAGUCCUACGGAUUGUGUACUUACCAACGAAGACAUCUCAGAAAAGCACUUUAUGAAGAUUGACAUGGUUCCAGAUAGGAUCAUGUCUUGUGCACUGAAAUCACAAAACCCAGACGAUAAGGAGAUACAUGUCAUAAACAUUCCAGACAGUUCUCCCGUUCGCAAUGUAUCCUUGCUCGUUAAAACUCAGGGCAUUUCUUUCUUCCUGAGAGGUCCUCAGGGCACCACAUGGACCUUCCUCAACAUGGGCUUUUCGAAGCUUGGCUCUAACAACGACGUCCAGAUACAAGGUUUCGAAAAUAAGGUUACACUACCUAAAUAUAAUGGUACAGUGACAGGUGACAAAGCAGAGGUUGUGCAGAAAAUGGCUUUGGAAUAUUUUAAAGUCAGUUAUUUCACCAGCUACAGUGAAAUAACACUGGACUCAUCAACCAUUUCUCUAGUGAUUGAAAAACAACACAAUUUACCAGAGAGAUUUCCUUCAGUCAGAGAAGAAAUGGCAAAAAGUAUGAUUACCAAAACAACUGAUGCCCCGAAUCAGAUGUUCCUGAACAUCCAUCUGUACGCCUCCCCAGACUAUCGCUUUCCCUUAGACCCUUUAGCCAGAUUGCAGACUAACAAGAGAAUCUACGCACUGAUAUCUACGAACACCAUAGGUGACAUAAAAAUUGCCCUCAAGGUGAUUGGCUGCACCAUAAGGCCCAAGGCCUCGUCCUCUGCAGAGAAAGAGCUCCCGAUCUUCUUGGAGUCCUGCGCUGCUGACCCCUGUCACAACAGCGCGCGGCUCAGCUUCUCCUUAGAUCAGAUGCCAGAGGGAACAUCCAGCACAUGGGUCCUACAAUGCUCUGUCAAGCUAUGCUUCUCUGACAAGUCAUAUCAGAUGGAGGAGGUCUGUGAGGACAAAGUGAGGACAGCAGAGAAGAAUCUGGAGAUUAUGCAGUCAUGCCAACCACAGGAUCAGCCAUGCUUUGAUUUUGGCCUGUCAGGUGUUCUUGGAAUUGCUUUUGGAGGGUUCCUGAUUGGAGUGUUACUUAUUGGAGCGUUGUGGUUUAUCAAGAUUAAAACAGGGUACCCAGCUGGACUUGACAUGAGGUCAACUGCUGCCAGUUUUCCUGGAUGUCCCUGUUCAAGAGCAAAGCGACAACCUGUUUCUUCCAACCCAUCACCCUCCGAGAAUAGCAGCGCAAAUGCUAGCAUCGGAAGCACUCAGAGCACACCGACCAGCAGCAUGGCAUAAGAUCAUUGUGGGUUAUACUAGCAGGCCACCAUCCCUUCUGUGUCAUCUUGAUGGGUUUCAAGCUUUGUGUUGCAUCCGUCCUUGAAAAAACAUUUCUUUAUACCCUACUCUGUUUAAAUUGUUGUUUAAAAAGCACAACUGAUGGUAUUUGACAUACCAUGUCUAAAAAUGGGUUUGAUCUUGGAGUCUGGAGUUAGAUGCGGAGAAAGGAUGAAUGAUGAUUAACCAAAGUUUUGAUAUUAGUUUUUUAAUGCUUUCCUUUGCAGCCUCUCUGUAAAUUCAAAUUCCUCAGCCAGGAUGUUACAGAGGCAAAAAAAAAAAAAAAAAAAAAAAAAAAAAAUUGGCUCCCAGCAACAGGAAAAACAAACCAUAUCCCCCCAAGAGCUAACAGGAAAUUCACAACAUUCUUUCCAAUGAAUUGUCCUCGUGUGAUGGGAGCACAGUAAUAGUUAUCCAGGACACGAACUGGUCCAAAGACAAGCUUUGAAAAACAGAUGAAAAGAUGUUUUGCGAACAUUUAAGAAACACAAAUAUGACGGGUUGUGUGCUAGGUCAGUCCAGAGAAAUUCAUCAGCAACAUAAAGGCGCCUAACGUUCUGUGUAUUGGCAUUUCCAAAUAGACAAAACAAAUACUUCCUUGUAUGAUGUUAGACUAAUUUGCAGUCUAUGGAACAUGGUUUUAUUGCUACCUCUUAUUGAGUAGAAAUCUGGAGCUAAGGUAAAACUUAAAACCAGGUUUCUGUAGUGAAGUUAUUGGGGUUUUAUUAAUCAUUUUUAAUUUACUGUCAUUUCUUGCUACCAUAUCAAAACCCUAAAGUGGCCCUAUGGGCCAUUUGUAGCUCACAAAAUAAACUUAUGAUGCCAUUGUUUUGUUA